CAUUUCGUUUCUCAUUCAAUGUAAAGCUUGCAGCGCCGCCUAUCCGAAUCGCUUUGUUUAGAAAAAGCGUUAAUUUUUCUUAAAAAAUAGUGACAGACAAGAAUAUUGUAAUGGCGUUACCAAGUUUUAGAAAUCCUCCACAGACUCCUCCAAGCAUGUCGAGGUCUAGGUCAGAAAGAAGUCUGCAAGGAGAAUCUGGUGGCAGGGGUUCCAGUAGUCCUUUUGUGUCUUCUGGUAACAGCAAUCCAAACUUCAAUCCUGUCAAGUUAACCACCAAAUCUGCAAGCUUUAGUUCAAGAACAUCCAAUAUUGACUCUAGAUUACCAAAGCCACCUAAACCUCCAGAUAAGCCACUGAUGCCUUAUAUGAGAUACAGCAGAAAGGUUUGGGACGAAGUGAAAGUCCGGCACCCUGACCUGAAGCUGUCCGAGAUUGCAAAGGUUAUAGGUCAGAUGUGGCGAGAUCUAAGUGACUCGGAGAAACAGUUUUAUCUGGACGAGUAUGAUACAGAGAAGCAAGCGUAUCAUGAAUCUAUGAAGAAUUAUCACAACUCUCAGGCAUACCAGGCAUGGGUUGCUGCAAAGGGCAGAUUGGCAGCAGAACAGGCACUGGAAGAAGAGGAAGAAAAACAAGCUCAUGCUGAAUCUAAACGGAAACGAGAAUCAAAACAGGAAGAAAGAGGUUCCAGAAUCAGUAUCCAGCCAGCAGAUGAUGAUGAUGAUCAAGACGAUGGUUUUUCUGUCAAGCAUAUUGCCCAUGCCCGUUAUUUAAGGAAUCAUCGACUCAUCAAUGAAGUCCUAGGAGAGCUUGUUGUUCCAGACAUAAGAACUGUGGUCACCACUGGUAGGAUGGGAGUUCUCAAAAAACAAGUGCAAUCUCUGACCAUGCAUCAGACAAAGUUAGAGGCAGAACUACAGCAGAUUGAGGAAAAACAUCAAGCAAAGAAGCGAAAGUUUACAGAGGGUAGUGAACAGUUUCAUGAUGAGUACAAGAAAUUGUGCGAGAACAAACCACAGGUCACUGAUGAAAUGUUCCAGAACAUGAUUAGCAAAGCUAAAGAGGAGUUGAAACAAAAACAACAAGAAAUGCUGGCUAAACAAGAAGAAGAUAGGAAGAAACAGGCUCUGUUAGCAGAGGAACGACAGAAGUGUGAUGCUGAAAGACAAAGAAUGGAGGAAGAAGAGAAAGUAAGGAGAGAGACAGAAGAACAAAUGAACAAACAGCACCAGGAAGCUGUACAACAGAUGAAUGCUGAACAGGGUAUUCAGGAACCAGUUAAUCCAAUGAAUGGAGAGGGUGAAGCGUUGAAACAAAAUGGUGAAUCAAACAUGAAUGGUGGACCCAGAAAUGAUGGACCAGAUACGACUACAACUGGAGAAGCAGAAGAUGAUGAAGAUGAUGACAGUGUUGGUACACAGGAAUAUGAUGAUCUAGACGGUAUACAGAGGGCAGAGAAUAUAACACAGUCUGAGGACAUGGAAGCCAUGAACAGAUCUGAAGAGAGUAUGGAAGCUGAAGAAUCGUCUUCCCCCAGUGUUAACAGGCGAGUGAAGGAUGAUGGCCGUCCUAGGCCAUUCAAAUGUGACAGCUGUGACAAGGCAUUCAAGCUUAAACACCACCUGUUGGAGCACUCCAGGCUCCAUAGUGGCGAACGGCCUUAUGAAUGCACAAGCUGUGGUAAAAAGUUCCGCCACUCUGGCUCUUAUAGCCAGCAUGUUAACAACCGGAGCAAAUUUUGCCGUGUUGAGGGAGCGAUGGGCUCGUGCAUGCCGGUGUCUCCCACUGCUGGGAGCCCGGGGUCUGCAUCUGGUCCGGAUGGGCUGUCGCCAAAGUCGGCCCAACGGUCUAAAUCUAAAUUGGCAGCUGGAAGGAAAACAAAAGAAUUUGGUGAGACUGACGAGACUGCCGAGCCUCCUGCAUUAACAAAGCUAAAUACAGUCGUAGAGUCAUCAUCUAGUAACGGUACUGUGAACGCUGACCCUCCUCCAAGUAACGGGACAGCAACGGAAACCAAGCCGGCAGAAUCUGUAGAACCUCAACCUGCUAUAGAAAAUGAAUAAAUAAUAGAUAAUGGAAUGUUUAAUGUGUUCACUUGUAUAUAGGAAUCAUAAAAUUUACUUUUGUUUUCAUUAGAGGGAAAUUGUGCCAGAAUACUCCGGUUAAAUGGUAGAUAUUCCUCAGCAUUUGUUGUAUAGGUGAAAAUUGUUGUUUCAGUACUAAGUUCAGAAAAAUUGUACUUUGAUUGUGAAGUAGUGUCGUACUUUGAUUGAUUGUUUAGUAGUGGCAUGGUUUUAUUAUCAUAAUUAUAUUAGUUUAAUAGAUUGGAAAACAUGAUUUCGUAAAUUGCUUCAACCGUGAUUCUCUUAAUAUGAAUUAAAUUUUGUGUCUUGAAUUGAAUAUUAAAGAUGACUUAUUCAUUGUUAAUAAAACUUAAGAGAAUUAGUUUUUAGUUGCGUUGCUUGUGAAUUCGAAUAGACAAACUUUCAUUGAUGUAAAGAUACUUAAUCUAACGGUUAAUUGUAUUACAGUAAUGUUCAGUUGAUAGAAAUUUAUUGAAAAUAACUAUGGUUGAGUUGUCUAUCCAGUGCAUUCUUUCCUACCCCAUAGUUUAUACGUAUAAGUGUGUUAUGUGAUGUAAAAGUUUUAAGUGUACAUGUAUAUGAGAUGUUGUUUAUGGAACCAGUUUGCAUUUAGUUAUUUUUGGGGAUGAUCGUGUAUCAGGUAUUUUAGAUGUAGCGUGAUUGAAGAUAUGUUUUGUAUGAAUAGCAAUGUUACAGGUCUAGCAAUUAACUGCAUUAUAAUGAAUCUGGUUGCAAACAAUGUAGUUGGAAUAUCUGAAUAUUCUGUAUUUCUGUGUGGUCAAUUUUGUACCAAAAAAUAAAGAAAUAAAUUCGAAACUGUU